GUUCUAAUCUUUUAGAAGCCCCUCUCAUUUUCCAUUUUCCAUUAUUUUCUUUUUUUCGUGAUUCACCUUCGCCGUGGCCUUCCCCUCUCUCCUCUCCACAAACUUUGAGUUAUUCCCUCUUCCACUGUUCAUGCAUCAGAUGGGUAUCUCGUAGCCUUGAACAACUUCAUAGAUAUUUUCACAAAAGAGGUAUAAAGUUUGUAUGCUGUAAAGAUAGUAUCUUUUUUUGCUUUCUUUCCCUUUCUCUAGUUUGGGGUUUUAGUUGUUUAAUCCAUUGAAAGCUGAAAAAGCCCAAAAAUUCUCCAACUUUACCACAUGGGAUUGGGAUUAAUCUUUGUAUUAAGCGAAAUCGAGUUUGAAAAUCAAGCAAAGUUUCAAUAUUCAUGGAGCAACAACCAAUGGGUACUUCAAUUGAACAAUCCAUCAAUAAUCGGUACUCAAUUUGGGUCCGAGAAGCUCUUGACGAACUACCCCAUAGUUUCACCAUAACCGACCCGUUAAUUUCGGGUCACCCGAUUGUUUUUGCAUCAAGGGAGUUCUUGAAAAUGUCUGGGUAUUCAAGAGAAGAGGUGAUUGGAAAGAACGGAAGGAUGUUUCAAGGUAGUAGGACUAAUAGGAGAUCAGUAAUGGAGAUAAGGGAAGCCAUUAGAGAAGAAAGAAGUAUACAAGUUAGUUUAUUAAAUUACCAUAAAAAUGGGACACCCUUUUGGAUUUUGUUCCACAUGUUUCCUGUUUUCAGCAAGGAAGAUGGAAGAGUGAUCCAUUUUGUCGGUGUUCAAGUCCCAAUUAUGCCUAAACCAAGAAGAUCCGGGAGUGAAUUUUCAAGAAUCGAGAUGAAUUUGUGUGAAAAUGGGUCGGGUUUUCGUGAUACCGUUCUUGGGUUUUGUAGGAGGGAGGUGUGUUCUGAUACGGUGGCCGAAUUGGGUCGCAUUUCAAAUUUGGAUCAAAUUUUAACCGAUGAUACAGAAUUACAUGACACUGCGUGCAAGGUGAGUGAUUUGGAAAAAAGACGAGUCAACACUGCAAUUAGCAACAUAGUUUCCAUGCUAACACAUUACAGUGAGUCAACGGGCAGAUUGGUUUCUGAUAAAAGAUGCUGCCCGAGUAACAUGAGCCUUGUUGGGGCAUCCUUAAAUAUAUCUCUUGGUAGAAUAAAACAAAGCUUUGUCUUGACGGAUCCACAUAAAUCCGAUUUCCCAAUCGUGUACGCGAGUGACUCCUUCCUAGAACUAACAGGAUAUGGUAGACAUGAAGUAUUGGGGCGAAAUUGCAGAUUUUUAAGCGGGAAGGAAACGGAUGUCUCAACUCAUUUACAGAUUACAAAUAGCAUUCAAACAGGAAAAGCCUGUACUGUAUGCAUCCUAAAUUACAGAAAAAACGGGAGCCCAUUUUGGAACUUUUUGCACAUGUCUCCCGUACGGAAUGCCUCAGGCAAGAUAGCAUAUUUUGUGGAGGUUCAGAUGGAUUUGAACUGUGGAAGCCAUGAAAACAAGAAUCUACGCCCGGAGAUCAGGCAACUUAGUGUGGUGGGUGCUGUGAAAGUUGCAGUGAGGAGCUCAGGGAUGAUUGCCACAACUUCUGAUUCGUGACAUAAAAGUGGUUUUUUGGAGGAUUUGUGAAAUUGAUGUAUAAUAUAGAAGUAGCUGAAAAUUUGCAGAAUGUCUUUUUGGAACUUAUUGUGAAACUAUGGUUGAUAUAUUUAUGGUUCGAUUCAAGUUGAAGCUGUUGUCACAGUUGCAUUUAGGGGGUGUUUGGAUUUUUGACGUUUUUUUUUUGAAGUGAGAAGUUGAUAAUAAAACAGUUCAUAUUACAUAUAA